GCUGUGGCACAGCCGGGUGUCCGCCUGAUGGCUCAUUCCCUGCAGCGGCUGAGUGAAGAUGAACUGUGCAUCUGCACUCGAACGAGCAGCGCCGGCAUCCCACCCACACGGACAGCGGCUCCGGCAGUGCGGUUUCCCGGAGGCAAUUGCGCGGCGCGGAAGUGACGCCGGGCGGGAAGUGACGGCGGGCGGCGGGAGCGCGGCGGAGCGGGGUCGGUGCGGGCCAUGAACAGCCGGCUGCAGGAGAUCCGCGAGCGGCAGAAGCUCCGCCGGCAGCUCCUGGCGCAGCAGUUGGGGGCCGAGAACGCGGACAGCAUCGGCGCCGUGCUCAACAGCAAGGAUGAGCAGCGGGAGAUCGCGGAAACCMGGGAGACCUGCAGGGCUGCUUAUGAUACUUCUGCACCGAAUGCAAAACGUAAAUAUCCAGAUGAGGGAGAAGCUGAUGAGGAAGAGAUUGAAGAAUAUAAGGAUGAAGUAGAGCUGCAGCAAGAUGAAGAGAACYUGCCCUAUGAAGAAGAGAUCUACAAAGAUUCCAGUACCUUUCUUAAGGGCACUCAGAGCUUAAAUCCACACAACGAUUACUGCCAGCACUUYGUGGAUACAGGACACAGACCCCAGAACUUCAUCAGAGAUGUUGGCUUAGCAGAUAGGUUUGAAGAAUAUCCAAAACUUAGAGAGCUCAUCAGAUUGAAGGAUGAGCUGAUAUCUAAAUCUAACACUCCUCCCAUGUAUCUACAAGCAGAUUUGGAAGCAUUUGAUAUUAGGGAACUGAAGUCCAAAUUUGAUGUGAUUCUCCUGGAGCCACCAUUGGAAGAAUAUUACCGAGAGACUGGCAUUACUGCCAAUGAAAAGUGCUGGACCUGGGAUGAUAUCAUGAAAUUGGAAAUUGAAGAAAUUGCAGCCCCAAGGUCAUUUGUGUUUCUGUGGUGCGGCUCAGGCGAGGGUCUGGAUCUCGGCCGAGUGUGUCUGCGCAAAUGGGGUUACAGAAGAUGUGAGGACAUUUGUUGGAUUAAAACAAAUAAGAACAACCCUGGCAAGACAAAGACUCUGGACCCUAAGGCUGUGUUCCAAAGAACCAAGGAGCACUGCCUCAUGGGCAUCAAGGGCACCGUGCGCCGCAGCACCGACGGGGACUUCAUCCAUGCCAACGUUGACAUCGACCUCAUCAUCACAGAGGAGCCUGAAAUCGGCAACAUAGAGAAACCCGUGGAGAUCUUCCACAUCAUUGAGCAUUUCUGCCUCGGGCGCCGGCGGCUUCACCUCUUCGGGAGGGACAGCACAAUUCGACCAGGUUGGCUGACGGUGGGACCGACCCUCACAAACAGCAAUUUCAACGCAGAAACGUAUUCCUCGUAUUUCACRGCUCCCAAUUCCCAUCUGACCGGCUGCACUGAGGAGAUCGAGAGGCUGCGGCCCAAGUCCCCACCACCCAAGUCCAAGUCUGACCGGGGCGGGGGUGCCCCCAGGGGAGGAGGAAGAGGAGGGACUUCGGCGGGACGGGGAGAAAGGGGCAGGGAAAGGAACAGAACCAACUUCCGUGGGGAGCGGGGCGGCUUCAGAGGGGGCCGUGGAGGGACCCAUCGAGGGGGCUUCCCCACCCGCUGAGGAGGUAACAGCUGCUUCCCUCGGCCUACACCUUGUGUAGGAAUCCUUUCCAUAGUCUUGUUUUUCCCACAGUGAAUUCCUCUGGGGACUCAAGCUAGAUGACUUUUACAACUGUUUUUGGUGCACGCUGCUCCAGACAGUUGGCCUUGAGUCUGGCACAGCCUCUCACCUGGCCRUGUCCUGCAUGGGCAGCACUGAACCCGGUCAGAACAGAGAGCACCAGCCCUUCACACCACGGCUAGGAUGGAGGUGAGCCCCCUUGCUCUCUCCUUAGGAACCUUGCAAGCUGGGGACUUCAUUUUCAACUGUCGUUUUCUCCAAAACAUGGAUUCUUCAUCCAUCUUUGGAGGUUUGGGUUUGGACUGACUUGGGUUAAUGUGGUGGAGUUGGCAUGAAAUGCAGUUCUGYAUUGUGUGGCCACAGCAGACUUACUGUCUUACGGAAGAAAAAAAAUGCUGUGUCUGUAUUGACACCUAUUUUAACUUCUCUGAAACCAAGGAGCAAUUUAAAUAAAUAGAAUUCUAUUUUUUCUUAUUUUGUUUAAACUUCCCAAAUUAUUCCUGGGAAUAGGAAAAGGUUAAUUUUUAAUUUGUGGUGUAUAUGCACUCGCCUUUCAUGUCAGUAGUGGGGAGAGUGAUAGCUCUGUGUAGUUGUAUGUUGUGCUUUCUGGAAAGCAGCAAAUUGUGCAUUUCUGUGCAGCCCAGAACUUGUGCACAGGUCUGGGUUGCUCCCUGAGUGGGGAUUCUCCUGCACUGUGUGUCUGUAACACCUCGCUCCUUGGGAGGGAGGAGCAGUGUUACUGCAGAGCAGUCCCAGUGACCUSGCUGCAGGGAGGAUUGGACACAGGAGGUGGUGUGAGUGUGUGCAUCCCAAAACUGAUCACCUGGUGACAGGGAACACUGAUGGAACUGAGUGCUGCCUUUGCCUGCUGCACACAUUUGGGAGAGGCUGUUGCUGAUCCAGUGCAGUGGAAAGGCAGCGACUCCCUUCUCUAUGUACAAUGUCUGUUUUUAGUCAAACAAACUGAGUUUCUUGUCCAGUUGUUGGUAGACUGAACCAACCUGGCUGUUGAUGUCUCAAGGUCUUAGAAAUGGGUUUUGGAAAAUUGGCUUUAAGUCUAAAUGUUUUUCUCCCUUGAAACCCAGCUUUUAAGUAACUGUUCUGUAAAGUAGUGGAUUAUUAAACACGUUUAUCAAAGCUGAUGUUGAAAUAUCUUUCUUAAUAUUUUGUGGAUUUGUUCUCCUUGAGGUUUUGGAAUUGCURAGUGGUUUCUCUCUGCUAUUGUAGGCAGGAACUGUUCUUUUUGGUGCAUGGARUGUUGGCACAGAAGAUUUUGAGGGGCCGAUGAACUCCCUGGUUUUGGUACAGUGUUUAGCAGGGGACUGCCAGUGGAAAUUGCCUGUUGUUUACAGCUUUCUUCUAGUGUCAUAUUAGCACAUCUGGAGAGCGACUGAAUUUGGGGAGAGGGUGUUUUAAGGGUGAUGUUCAUUUGGUCAUUGGUAAAGUCUGCUACAGUCUGUGUGAACAGCAUCUGAGAGAAGGUAAAUGCCACCGUAAGGACACAUUUUUUGGGGAUUUUUGCCCCAAUUGYAUUGUUAUUCAAAAAGUAAAGACACUUAACCUUAGGACCCCUGCUUUUGUGCCAGGGACAAAUAUUUUAGUUUGAGUAGAAAAAGUUCAGUUCCAUUUCCCCCUUUUAAUUACAUGCCCAGCUCUUAACAUAUUCUUAGGCUACGUGGUAGAGGAGGGCCAAAAACAACUGGUUGUGAUGUGCUUAUAUAUCAGUUUGCAGAAGCUGCAGUGCUGCUCAAGAUUUCUUCAGUGACUGGAAAAUAGUGACAGGUGAUGGAGGUUUCUUGGUUCUUCCCCUCAAARCAGAAAUAGCUCAAUUACUGUAAGGAAAAAAAAAAAAAAAGAAUAGUGCUGCAUAGUGUGUUAGGUUAGAGCUGUCUGGAUGGCCACCUUUGCCAGCAAAGUGUGAUGUCCAUAUUUUUAAUAAGCAACUGAUGGAAUGUUGUAAUUAAAGUUUAUGGACAAGGAACACCACCUCUGCCCUUGUCCUCCAUGAAGAACAGCUGCUCCUGCUCAUCUGAAGGUGGCACUGCAGCAGUGACAGAGUGACAAAGGCUCUACAGGUAAGCAGUGCAGGGCUGUGCACUCCCAAAUUGUUGUCCAUGUCCUUGUGGGGAUGGAGAUGAGACUUAGGAAGUACUGGAGUGAGACUGUCCCACACAUCCCAUUAUACAGUAAAAACGUCCGUUCAUUUCCUCAGUCACUGCAAUUUGGACCAUACAGAAAGUGGGGGCUAGAGCUGAAAAGCUUUAAAUUGCAUUAGUGGUUGUCACUUAAUUGCUCGCUUGUAACACUUCCACAGGGGGGAAGGAUAAGGCUCAGAAUCAGUGAGCUGAUGAAUAUUUCAUUCACUGCAAAUAAAUGAAGACUUAAUUUGAGCAUGGUCUCCUGGAAGAUAAAAAGCCUGAGUUUCUUCCUUUCCACUUUUAUGAAAUGCAUAACGCUUCCAGUCUGAUUUGGGGUACCUGUCUAGAUCUUGUCAUGUCUUUGCAUUCUGGAGGAGGCUUAGAGUACUUGGAGUAUCUUGCACCCUGGGAAUUAAGUGAAGGAUUCAACAACUGCACUGACAAGGUACUCAGGAUGUCUCAGCAUUUGGCUUCAGAGGGAAAUGAAGACACUGGUCACCUGUAGAUCAGUGUGUGUAAAUCAGACAUCAGCAGGAGAGCUCUGUGCACCCUCUGACAGUGGUGGUUACAAGAAGCUGGCUGGAAUGCUGGGGGGCUGUGCAGGUUGGCUCUCAAAUAAGCAGUUUGAAAACAGCCACUGUCAGGCAGGAGCCACCUCUGCACAAAAGGCAUGUGAUGCUUCCACCUUCUGCAGUCAGCGUAGCCUGGCAGUGCUGCUGCCACCAACAUACCUGUGGUUCUAUAAUGGAUCAGAUACUAUAAAAUAAGAUACUUAUCUUAACAUAGAAUGUCCUACAGUCUGUAGUGGGGGAAAUGAGRUUUAGCAUUAGAGAACUCUCCUGAAUAGAGAGAUCACAAGAAAUACCACAUCAGUAGCAACUUCCAUAUCAAGAAUAUCAUUUGAGUAUGAAAGUGAAGGCACAGGUCAGUGUCCAGCAGCAACACCUUUUUAUACAACUUCCUUGCAGUCCAUGCAAUAUAAAAGUAAAUUAAGAAACAUCAGUGCCAUCUUGAAUUCAGUGCAACAGCAGUCCCCUCUUAGCUCAGAGCAGAGCUCUGUAUCUUUAUCUGUAUUGAGUAGUUUUUUGUCAUCUCUGUUUUUCAGCUUCCCCGGCGCUUCCGCAGUUGGCAACGAAGAGUGGAAGAUGAACAAUUUCCCAGCACAUUCUGCAGCCUGUUCCAAAGACACCACAUUGGCACAUUUACUACUGCAAGGUUAACCAGCCCAUGUUCAAACACUGGGGGUCUCAGAGAACACUGCACAUUGUGCCAGCUCCUCAGAGGUAAAUCAUUCAUCUCCAGACUCAGAACCUGAUGGAAUAAACCCCCGGACAAACGRGGGCUUUUAUGUCAGUAAACAACAACAGUCCAGCACACAGGUCUGCUGCUGAUGCAUUCUGACAACACUUUGUACAGAGGCAAUGUAGGAGUGCCUCUCUUGGAGACUUUCCAAUUGGACAUAAGCAAUUURUGCAACAAACAUCAAARUACAAAUAYUCAGAUUGGAUCAAAUKAAAAKAAAAUGCCAUUUAACAGAAAAAUUAUUUCUUUCAGUUCAGGCACACUAGUGUUCCAUACAUUUUUAUAAGUGGGUGACAAUUACAUCCCUGAGGUAGAUACCACAUUCAAAUCUACAUUGCCAAGAUUACAGACACACCACCAUUGGUACUCUUUCUUCUCCAGGUCUUAAAGACCUGCACAUUUCAAAAUAAGCUGUGGCAUUCUUCUGGGAAACCAGAAAUCUCUGCUAUGGCAGAAACACAACCAAAGGCAGCACCUGACUUUGAAAAUGAUUCAAAUUUCACCCCUAGUAUUUCAAGAACAGUUUACUAUGCCAAUUGCCACAAACGCCAAUUUCUUCAGUUCCUUUGAAGAAGCAUUCUGCURAAGGCUGAAAGACUUCCCAAAUACUUGUUUGUCCUGAUAUGCAUCAGGAAUUACUGACAUUGCUUUUAACAAAAUUUCUCAAGUGUAUAUAAACAAAAUUUGUUUUAUAAUCUGUUCAUCAUGGUUGUUAUUCCUGCAAACAAAAUUUGCUUUUUAAUCUCUUCAUCAUGGUUAUUCCUGUUACUGUUGCAACCAUUAGUAGCACACUGUCAAUGUUACAUUAUGUUACAUUAUAUUUCUUGGUUUCCAUGACUAAACAGUUCUGACCUCAUUGCCUGGGGUGGGUUUUGUCUCCAACAUCCCUCCCAAUCCCACUGUGAGGGUGAAGUGAGCAAGUGGCUGCUGCUGUGGAGUGGCCGGCUGGGUUCAGCCAUCCCUGAGUCACUGCUGGGACUCACAGAGAGACCCAGCGCUGCAUUUGGGGGCUUGGAACUAAACUUUUGGGCUCACUUGGUCAAUUUUUGGGCUCACCAAGAGAGACCAAGUGCUACGUUCAGGGGGCUCAAAACUCAGGCUCAGAGCUUAAAAAAAGAGACUAAAUCCUGCAUUUUGGACUCAGAAACCAGGCUCGCAUGGCCAGAUUUGGGGCUCAGAAACAGUGACUAAGCCUUGUGUUCUUGGGGCUUAAGUCAGACCAAGAGUGCCUGAGCUUCAGAGACCAUGUACUGCAGUUUGCUCAAAACCAGACUAAUUGGGCUAAGUGCAGACACAGAUUAAUGAGGAGUCAUGUUUUGGGGCUUCAAACCAGGGCUGCUCAGAUAACAUUUGGGCUCACACAGAGCAUUGAGGGGGCUUGAGGCAGAGACCAAGUCCUGUAUUCU